GUCAUGGAGUGUGCGUGUCUCGUGGACUGAUGAUAGAAAUGAAGGCGGUGCCGUGUUUAGUGAUUUGUUUAUUGGCGGGAGUGAACGCUGGUGAUUUCACCGAUGAAGAGUACUACAGCCUGCCAUUACUGUUCCACCUGGACCGCUAUGACGCGUGCCUCUCCAGCACAGACGGGCUCUACUGCCUCGGCACCUUCCACCUCACAUCGGAGCAGCGGAACCCCAUAUAUAAAAUUAUGCAGGAGUAUUCAAACAACAGUGAUCAUUACAACCACACGCAACUGCACCGUGGUUACUGCGUGAGCGCGCGCUGCCCGCACACCGCGCCCGACUGGAACUCGACGCAGCGCUUCGAGAGGUGUGCGCAGGAGUUGGUGCGCGGCCGGUCACUGCGCUCAAGCUUACACCAGCUCCACUACUGCCACACACACAAGGAUGCGAACACCUCCUUCGUACCCGAUACGCCGCAGAUAGUGUUCGUCGCCAUCGUGGCGGUUUUCGUAGUGAUCAACGUCAUCGGCACCACAUACGAUCUGAUGUUUAAAGAUGAGUUAAAAAAAUCUAAGGUGCUCUGUGCGUGGUCUGUUAUUUCCAACUGGCAGCGUCUGAUUAGUGAUCGCGUGCAUUCGGACCCGGCGCGCGCGGUCCUGCUGCCCCUGGAAGGAGUUAGGGUAGUCCUGUUAGCUAUAGUAGUGGCGGUCCACACAGGAUUUAUCCACUACAUGCUGUAUGCAUAUGAUCCCCGGGCGUUAGAACGAAUGAUGCAGCACCCGCUAUUGCUGAUCGUGAAGAACGGCACAGCGAUGGUGCAGUGCUUCAUGGUGCUUGCCAGCUUCCUGUUCGCUUACAACAUUCUCCUGCACUCGAAGAAUCACGAGGUCACGUUCCGCAUGUUGCCCAAAUGUAUUUUUCACAGAUACAUUAGGCUGACCCCCGUGCAGCUGGCGGCGGUGGGGUGGGCUGCGUGGUGGUGGAGUGCCGUUCGCGGCGGGCCGCAGUGGGCGUUGGCGCGCGAGGAGGCGGCCGUGUGCCGCCGCCGCCUGUGGCUGCACGCACUCUACCUGCACAACCUGCUCGAGCCGCAGCACUUCUGCCUGCUGCCCACGUGGUCGUUGGCAGUGGAUAUGCAGCUGCAUUUGGUGGCUGUAGUCUUAACACUCGCUUUAAUACGAAUGGGCCGGCGUGCUGUGCCAAUACUGGCCGCGAUGUUUCUGGGAUCUUGCCUUUUAAACGCAUACCUCAUUUACAUCUUCGAAUGGAAGUCGAUGCUGUAUGUGAUGAACCCGCAGAAUACCUUCAUGAAGUUUGUGGACGUGCCUUCAUUUUACCAUUUCUACAUAUCGCCGUGGGGCAGCCUCCCGUCCUGCCUACUGGGCUUGUUGCUCGCCAAUAUUCACUUCCAGCAACAACUGAACGGCUUCAAAGCGACUGAGUAUAAAUGGUUUGUAUGGACGUACAAGCUGUCUGUUCCCCUGAUAGUGGGGUUCACGUACACGGGCUACUUCGUCCAGCAGUACACGUCGUCGGUGGUCACCACCGCGCACACUGCCCUCGAGCGGCCACUGUUCGUCCUCCUCUUCGCAAUCUUCAUGUUGGGAACGUUCAAUAAACUUGAUAGUAUCUUCAAAGACAUUUUGUCGUGGCGAAUCUGGCGUCCCCUGGCGCGCAUGUCGCUGUCGGUGCUGACGGUGCACUGGUGCGUGACCGUGGUGUUCGUGGCCGCGCGGCCUCAGCCGCUCACGUCCUCUUACCUCGACAUUAUGGCCGACUGGAUGGUGACAAUGAUAAUCACGUAUAUAAUAUCGAUGCCCGUCACCAUCCUCAUCGAGAUGCCGGUGCAGAGAUUCUUCACUGCGCUCUUGUUUUGAAGUACUGCAGAAAAAAAAACAUAUUUAUUACCUUUUGAACCACACCUACCCGUAAUACCCCUCAGACGUUGUUUUUCCUGAACCUCUAGACAAGUGACAAGCGAAUCCGUCAAUGGAAUCGACAUCGCUAGAGAGUCCGUGAGUUGGAACGAGUCACCCGGCGUUGCUAUCUCAUUCUAUCUCACGCACUCGCUAGCGAUGUCGAUCCCGUCGACGAAUUCGUUUGCCAAUUGUCUAGAGGCCCUGGGGGUUACAGAGAAUCCACGUCCUGUAAUUUCACUGCCAACCGAAAGGCGGAAAUAAAACGUGUAAGCAUAUUACUACUUAGUAGAUGUGUGGGCCAACAAUAUGUAAAACUAUUUCAAAUUUCAAGUAGUUGCUGAGAUUAAGCAUUAAAAAAGACAGAUGGACAAAGUCACAUCAUAGAGGUUCUUUGUACCUUUUGGCUACGAAACCCUGAAAAGGAAAACUACAAAGGAUUAAAAAAUUUGUAACACUUACUGUCUGUACUUUAACUAACAAUGGUAGAAUUACUAUAUUUAAUUCAGGCAUAUGCCUGAACGAAUUUGGGGGUAUCGUUAGAAUUCUUAUAUCAUUUUUAUUGACACUGGCUAUAAGAAUCUGUAAAAAAAAAGAAAACAUUUUGACGGCUGUGUGGUUCCAUUUUUAAAUGAGACUUUUUUUUCAAUGGGUAUAGUCGUGUAUUUUUUUUAUUACAAUUGCUUGUUUCCUUUUUCAAAAUAUAUCUCGCGGUUUGUUUUUGAUCGGGCGUUUAAGAAAUAAAUUUAUCUUAAUUUGGAUUUGGCUGCUCUAUGUUGUUGCAUGAUUUCUCAUACAGGAUUACCUUAAGGUGUGAGUAUUUUUGCUUAUCGAAUAAUUAGCGGAUCCGCUAACGACUGGCAUAAGAACAUUACCCAUUGUUUAUACGAAGAAAUACUGCGUAAGUUGUAGAUUUAAAGAUGUAAGAAUGUAAUAAAAUACAAGGGAACUGAAUUUAA